CUCAAUCUCUUUCUACACCGUGGUAACUUAUGCACCUGCUUUUUCAAUCUCAAUUUCAAUCAUAGUUCAAUAACCAUGAGGAGCUAUACUGGAGUACUAUUUUGGGCGAUAUGCAUCGUUGGAAUAGUUUGGGCUCAGGACGCCUGUACUGGACAAUGCCCAAAUGACGAAACUGGAAAUCCUGUUGAUGGUAACUUCGCCCAUCCAGCAGAUUGCUCAAAGUACUGCGCUUGCAAUGGUGGCGUUGGAACCGAGCAGUCUUGUCCAGAUGGUUUGGUCUUCGACCCUGUCCUGAACAUUUGUAAUUGGCCAGAGGUGACAAAUUGUACACAAAACGAAUGCCCAAGAACUGUGUCUAACUUCACUCGAACGUCCACCUACGCCCAGUUCGGUAUGAUUUGGGGCGCCUGGAUGAAAGACGAUUAUGUCCUUGCUGAUGGGGUUCGUGUAUGGCUUAUUAAUGGUAUCAACAGCGCGGAACUUCUGGAGUUUGCCAAUGAGUUAGACUACACAAAUGGCGUCAUCGGCAGAAUUAUCACACUUCCGUUCAAUUGUGCAGGAACUGGUCACGUGGUCUACAAGGGCGACCUCUAUUGCAAUAUUUAUGCAACAAGAAACAUGCUCCGCUAUGGUAUCGACACAGGCGCCAGUGAAAUCAAAGAGCUUGUUGGCGUGGGCGUUUCAGCUGUUGAUGAAUACGACUGGGGAUACAAGGCGUUCACGGACGGAGAUUCUUCGUGGGGUUCCGGGGCAUUUAUUGACUUUGCUGUUGACGAGUAUGGUCUAUGGGUAAUCUAUUCCAGUGAUGCCACAUUCAAUAAAAUAACAGUUUCGAAAUUCGACGAUGAAUUCAAUUUAACCGACACUCAAUCGACCAACUAUGAUAAAGUCUUAGCUGGAAAUGCGUUCAUCGCUUGCGGAAUUCUUUACGUUGUCCAAGCCAGUUAUGGAGACUUCUCUGGGUCCAACAACAAUUAUAUUCGCUAUACAUAUGACUUUGCCUUUAACACAGAUGCAAAUCUAGGCCCUCUGGAUAUACCUUUCCCUACCGUGGAUAGGUCGUGUAUGGUUGGUAAUACAAAUGUCAACUCAUUCUAUUCCCGGGUGAGUUACAGUGCACAGGACGAAAAGAUUUACGCCUGGAACUGUGCCUUCCACGAACGCAUAGAUGUUGCUUUCUCCCAACAAGGAGAAUCCAUCGUUAGACUAUAUGCAGAUUACUAAUGGGACAUUUCGUUAUUUUAUGUAGUUUAUUUAAGUACAUGAGAUGAAUAAAAUUUAAAAAAA